GCCUGCUCCCGCGCACGCCUCGAUCGACGCGGGCGUCCAAUGGCGACGGCGCCGCGGUGUCGCUCAGCCGGAUUCGGCGCUAAUCCCUGCGUCCGGCGCCGGCCCAGUCAAAUCGUCGGAUCGCUGGCGCGCAAGGGAGCGGAGGUCGGGCCACAAGUGACGAUUCAUUGCUUCAGGUUGUUGCUGCAGCUACAUACAUACUUCGUCACAAAUUUCGUGUCUCCUCCGCCGCGGAGAGAGUGCCGUGCUAUCCAUCGGGCCUUUCUUCACGUCGACCUGGCAUUGGGAGGCGACCCAAGCAUGAGCCAUCAAUGCGUAACCGCUGUCUCUGCGCCAUCUGAAACGACCACCGCCCAUCACUCCCUGUCGAGCUGCCAGGCCUCAUGCCACUCCUUGGGAAGCGCUGACUGCGGCGCAGCAUACAUAUCCAACACGUCCCCCUAUCCAGCUUGCGUGGAGUCAACUCGUCGAGUCGGCGAAGAGAUCACGAAUUGAAGACUGCCAGCAAACACUACCAGCCGCGCGCAACCGCACCGAACGAUUGUUGGAACACUCUAGUCCUAGGGGUAGCACAGGGACAUCCUCGGGUUCGCAAAAGAAUCUCCGCAGCCUCGUUUGAUCUUCAAUUCGUCAUGCCGUCUCAAGUCGUCGGAGCCUGGUCUC